GAGCCUAGUCUUCUCCGGUUCCAGAAGACCCUCCCAGCGAAGCCUUUCCCUCGCGGUCGACUUCCUCUCCAGCUCAGGCCCCGCCCCAUACCCCAGUUAUACGGCUUCCGCUUGCUGGUCGUCGGGGAACCCCCAACUUCCGGCCGCGCAGCAGAGGGCGCAGCCAAGAUGGCUGAGGAGAGCCUCGCGACGAGAACUCAGUUUCCUACAUCUGCCAAAUCUCAAAAACCCUGGCUAAAAAAAGCUCCAGAGUUCCCUAUUUUGGAGAAGCAGAACUGGCUGAUACAUCUCCACUAUAUCCGUAAGGAUUAUGAAGCAUGCAAGGCUGUUAUCAGAGAACAGCUUCAGGAGACUCAGGGGUUAUGUGAAUAUGCUAUUUAUGUCCAAGCACUGAUAUUUCGCCUGGAAGGAAAUAUCCAAGAAUCACUAGAACUCUUUCAGACAUGCGCUGUUCUGAGCCCUCAGUGUGCUGAUAACCUCAAGCAGGUGGCCAGAUCUUUAUUUCUUUUGGGAAAACAUAAAGCUGCCAUUGAAGUAUAUAAUGAAGCAGCUAAACUUAACCAGAAAGACUGGGAGAUCUGCCAUAACCUAGGAGUUUGCUACAUUUAUCUGAAACAAUUCAACAAGGCACAAGACCAGUUGCACAAUGCCUUACAUCUUAAUCAGCAUGAUCUGACUUAUAUAAUGCUGGGGAAGAUCCACUUGCUGGAGGGAGAUUUGGACAAGGCCAUCAAAAUCUACAAGAAAGCAGUAGAGUUCUCACCAGAAAAUACAGAACUUCUUACAACUUUAGGAUUACUCUACUUACAGCUCGGCAUUUACCAGAAGGCAUUUGAACAUCUUGGAAAUGCACUAACUUAUGACCCCACCAACUAUAAGGCCAUCUUGGCAGCAGGCAGCAUGAUGCAGACCCAUGGAGACUUUGAUGUUGCCCUGACCAAAUACAGAGUGGUAGCUUGUGCUGUUUCAGAAAGCCCUCCACUUUGGAAUAACAUUGGAAUGUGUUUCUUUGGCAAAAAGAAAUAUGUGGCAGCUAUCAGCUGCCUGAAACGAGCCAAUUACUUGGCGCCCUUCGAUUGGAAGAUUCUGUAUAAUCUGGGCCUUGUCCACCUGACCAUGCAGCAGUAUGCAUCAGCUUUCCAUUUUCUCAGUGCAGCCAUCAGCUUCCAGCCGAGGAUGGGGGAGCUCUACAUGCUCUUGGCUGUGGCUCUGACCAAUCUGGAAGACACAGAGAAUGCCAGGAGAGCCUACGCAGAAGCAGUUCGCCUGGAUAAUGUCAGCGCCAUAGACUCUGUCUGCCACAGGUGUAACCCUCUAGUGAACCUGAACUAUGCUGUGCUGCUGUACAACCAGGGCGAGAAGGGGGGCGCCCUAGCCCAGUAUCAGGAGAUGGAGAAGAAAGUCAACCUACUCAAGGACAGGAGCUCUCUGGAAUGUGACUCGGAGAUGGUAGAGAUGGCCCAGAAGUUGGGAGCUGCUCUUCAGGUUGGGGAGGCACUGGUCUGGACUAAACCAGUUAAAGAUCCCAAAUCAAAGCACCGGACCACUUCAACCAGCAAAGCUGCCAGUGUCCAGCAACCUCUGGGCUCUAAUCAAGCUCUGGGACAGGCAAUGUCUUCAGCAGCGGCGUUCAGGAAGCUCCCCUCAGGUGCUGGAGGAACACCCCUGCUCACAAAGCUGCCAUCUCUUCCUCUGGAGCCAGAGCCCACUGAGCAAGCAUGUCCACCAGACGCAUCAGCACAAAUAAGAGAAAAAUAGGAGUAGGAUGACCCCACCAUAGGGGUUUUUCUUUGACAAGGGUGUAUGAGAUUAGGAAAGGUCACAUGACACAGGCAGUUUGGAGACCAGCAUGUUCCCUGGGCACCGCAGAAUGCAGAUUUGUUAUGAUGAGAGCCUGAGGCUUAGUUUCAAAUUCCCCCACUGGCCUUGUAAUCCGGGAAAUAGAAGAUAGCCCAGAAAGAUCCUUUUAAGAAUCGAGAGCAAGGCUCAUGGCUCUGUAUGGAGCUCCCAGACCCAGCAGGGCAUGCGACACUUGUUUGCUGUGGAAAGGACCUCUGUGUCCUGGCAGACGAAUGCCCUUCCUUUGUGGAAGGCAAGGCUGAGAUGGGCCUCUGCUAAAGAGCCCUGCCAUGGCUGAGCGGUGGUUUGGCCGAGGUGCUCAUCUGGCUGUGGGGGUGUCAGCCCCCAAGGCAAACACAAAUCUGGGAUUGGUAAUCCCGUUCUAAUACUUUAAAAGAAAAAACAUGAUGAAAAACUCUAUAAAAUGAAGCCCAGCCUGUUGAGUAUCCCAGCGCACUUGCCCAAGGGAAUCCAGAACUAGUCCCUGAGUCUUGUCCCUGGGUGAGGUCGGUGCACAGCCAGAUCAGGGCCACGGGAAGAAGUAGGAACGAAGGGCGGGUCUGGGGUCAGCACCAAGCAUUCAAAGGAACGGGAGAGCUGCUUGGCCGAGGGAAGUCAAGGCUAUCAGGGACACCACCGACCAGAUGCCGUCGAUGCCUCAGAAUGAAGAUCAUGUAUCGGCAUCCCUUUGGGGAAAGUUAUUCUUUGGGUGUAAAAACAAGAUAUCACAAUAAAAACUUUUUAAAAGAACC